UUCGAAUGCUUGAAAGAUGGCUAUUUCCGAGACGAAAAAGAUUGCAAUGUUUACUAUCUCUGUGCUGGGGGAGAGCCCCUCCGUAUGACGUGUGACCACGGAACUGGCUUUGAUGUCAAACUCAACAUGUGUGUCUGGAGUUAUCUGGUUGAAGGGUGCAUCAACAACGACGAAAGUGGCAGCGCGAUCGUUGAGUCGGAAGAACGAGGAAUUAAACCGGAAACAAAGAUGUCAGAGGCCCGUGACAAGUGGAGCAGCCUUGAAGGUAUUUUAUUUUUAAAUGGGUGGCUUUUUACAAUGAAAUCGUUGGCAUCAGGAAAUGAGAUAAUUGUGUUAUCAGGAGCAAAAGGGUUGCUAAUUAUUUUAGGUGGUACAGAUCUGCUGGUUGCGUCCCUUCUAACUCACCCCCCCCCUCACUUAUUUUUUUUCACAAUGCCACAGCACACCUGGCAAUCAGCGGCUAUAAUUCUAUUUUUAUCAAAGACAUUAUAGUUUAUGAUACGGUGUAUCUAGAGCCUUCUUAAUUAACAACGGAUGAUUUUUAGCAGCAGAGAGAUGUGGGGCUCAAAUAUAUUCUGUUAUUUUUUCAAUUAUUUUUUUUUUAAUUUCAUAAGCAUAAAUUCUGGUAAUAAUCGAAAUGAGUCAGCUAUAUUCUCCAAUUAGCAUUACUAAUAAACUUCAUAUCAUUGCAACCAAAAGAUAUGGAUUUAAAAUUUAAUUUUGGGAUUUAUGAUGCGUGCUAUCAAAGCAUUGCAAAAUUUUUUUUAAAAUGAUUGGGCCUAUAAAUAGUUCUUUCUUUCUUUUUUUUAUUUUUUUUUUUUUUUUUUUGGCUUUUAAAUAGUUCUUUUUUUUUUUUUUUUUUUUUUUUUUUUUUUGACUCAGUUGACUUUGUGUGCCCGGAAGAAAAUGGGGUAUUCCCGGACCUGUAUGACUGCAGCACCUAUUACACAUGCAUCGACAACGUUGCCAAGCGCAUGAAAUGUUCUUUUGGCACCGGCUAUGACGAUGGCACCAGCUUGUGCAUGGACGCUCGACAAGUGCCUCGCUGCAAGGAGUCAUCUAUAGCCAAGGAAUCCAACAUUAAAAGCUCAGGUAUAUAUCAGCUCAAUACUUUAAUGGUCUAUUAAACUUAAGUACAAGUUAUGGAAACAUUUAUGUUACAAAAAAAAAAAGCGCAUAGUUCCAAUCUUAAGGGUUUUUUUUCCAUAAAUGCUCGAAGGCAUUUGAUUUUUUAUUCUUUUUUUGAAGCACAUAUAUACGAAUACACAUCACUUUAACUUUACUAAUCUUUUUAAGUAUGGCCACUCAUUGCGUGUUUAUAUUCAUUGUUUCUUACUGUUAAUUUCCUCAGUUAUUCCCAAAGUCCCAUUCACCUGCCCUAAGAAUCAUGGCUUGUACCCAGACACUGGCAACUGUUCUAGAUUCAUCCAUUGUUUCAAUAAAACAGCUUACAGGUGGAGAUUUUUAUCUCUGACUCUUUUAUAGUAUAAUUAAGCCAAAAAUUUAGUUAGUAGAAUGUAACCAUUGAUAAAAGAUUUUUGUUUUUAAGCUAAUAUAGUGAGAAAAAUAUGUAGGCCUAUAGUGUAAUUAAAAGUUAAUAAUAUUAGUUUUAAUAUAUCUUUAGACUGAGAGAAUUCCAUAUUUUUUAUUGAUAGCUUAUCUAAACAAAAAAUAACAUAAAAGUAAAACAAUAACAAAGAUUUUUUUUUCUUCCAAUCUUUUAACAGACAUGAAUGCAUGCCUGGAACAGCAUUCAGUUCAGAAAAAGGCUUAUGCACAUGGCGCCACCAAGUUCCAGAGUGUAACAAAGAGAGUGAAUCCUUUCUGAAGACUACCCCAAGCCUUACCUUACCGAGUAGCGAGAUUAAGACACUAAAAAAUGCUGUUGCCCAAGGGAGUCCAUGGAAGUAUGAACCAUCUGUCCCAUACCAAACCUCCUUGUCUGAAGAUGGUAAGGCAGUGAGGAUAACAUGCACUAGAUACAUAUUUCCUGAAUUUAACUCGUGACAUGUGACACGUGAAAUACUGAAACACACAGAAAUAUAGUUUCAAUACUUGCAAGCAGAGUCUGCAAAGGGAAAACUGCAUCCGGGGCAAAGCCUGAAAAGGGUGCACCUCGUUUCAUAAAUAAAUUAUAUAAUAUAUACAUAUUUAUAUAUUGACAAUUUUGGCACAACCCCCACCACCGCAGGAUGUUAAACCAUGGGGUGGCUGCCACUUUGGCUCCACUCCCUUGGCAAAAGCCUUCUUUUAAACUGUCACACAUUUCAUGGGUAUGUUAAAUACCAUCACAGAGGAAACACAUUUCAAAUUUGUCCACUAUGCAAGGCAUUCUAAUUUUUUCCCUUCUUUUUGUUUGUUAUUGCUUUAAGCAAGAUUAAUAUUGUUCUUUCCACUUUUUAAAAUAAAUUAAUAAGUUAUCUAUAUUCGCGUAAUUCUUGUAUUUUUUUUUAGUCCCAUGCAUUCAAAAUUAAAACAUUUUAUUACUUUUAUUGACUUCACUUCACACAAAAUUUCUGUAAGUUACAAUUAAAAUUAAAAUAAUUAAAAUAGAGUAAUAGGAAUAGUAAGAAGGUUGAAAUUUCCCAAAGAAAUAGUUUCUCAAAAAUAACUUCAUCAAUCAAAAACAAAAUUUGACCAUUUUCCAUUCAAUUAUACCCUGACAGAAGAUGAAGAGGCUUCAGACCAAACUGGGAUCCAAGACUUUCAGUGUCCAUCUGUGUUGGAUGGCUUUUACAGGGACAAUUUGUUCUGCGAUAUAUUCCAUAGAUGUGUCCUAGGUACCAGGUUCACCUUCACCUGUCCAACAGGAACAUUUUUUAGGUAAAUGUUUGGGAUUUAAUCCGAGUAACAUUGAUUAUAGCAAAUUUUUCUACAGCUGAAGCUUUUUUUUUUACAUCACGAUUCGAGCAACUAGAAAAAUUGAGUUUUUUUGUUUGUUAAUGAUCAAUAAACUUUUUUUUUUUUUUUUGGUUUAUGAUCAAUAAACUUUUUUUGUUUUUUUUAAAUAACAAUGCUUAAUGGUUUUUGUUUUUUUUUAAAUUAAAUGACAAACAUUUUGUUUUUUUAUUUCUACAGCUGAAGCUUUUUUUUUUACAUCACGAUUCGAGCAACUAGAAAAAUUGAGUUUUUUUGUUUGUUAAUGAUCAAUAAACUUUUUUUUUUUUUUUGGUUAAUGAUCAAUAAACUUUUUUUGUUUUGUUUAAAUAACAAUGCUUAAUGGUUGUUGUUUUUUUUUAAAUUAAAUGACAAACAUAUUGUUUUUUUAACAGAAUUGAAGGAAAUUUGUGUGACUUCUGGGAGACUGUAUCUGACUGUACACAGGAUGGUAUCAGACUUGAAGCUCUCAAUAGUUUACCUGAGGUGGCCCCGGUCCCAACCCCAUUGCCUGUACAACGGCCAGUACCCAAUGAAGUCGAAGUGGACAUAGUCAGCAUUGAUGCAGGUAUGGAAACAUUAUCAGCUAUUGAAGUUGUCUACACUUAUCUCCAAACUAACAAAAUUUUAAAAUAUAUUUAAACUUUAAGAUUUUGUCUAGAUUGCUCCAUCUGUAUUGUUUAUAACAGAAACUGCUAUGACACAUCUAAAUAAAAAGAUUAAAAAAACAGUCAACAGGCAAAAUAGUUUAGGUACCAAUUAAAAUUAUAUUAAUUAUUACAAUGAAAACAGCAGAAAAUAACAUUGCCUAUUUUCUAUAAUUUGAGGUCCAAUGAGGAAAAAAAGCUAUUAAACUUCAAAUAAAAAGUAAAAAAUUUAAGGAACUCAUUAUAGUAAUAUAAUUACUACUCAUCCUCAAUCCUAUUUUGACCUGAACUUGGUAUGAAAAUAUUUUUUUUUCACCUACUCAAAGAUACAUUAAUGAUUAUCAUGUGUCUUCUCUAGACCCAACACCAUGCCCAGCAUCCAGUGGACUCUUUGCUCAUCCUCGCAACUGCAAGCAGUUUCUGUUCUGUGCCCACCAUGUCCCCCUGGUGUUGACCUGCCCGGAGUCCCUGCUCUACAACUCGCAAACACUGACAUGUGACUUUCCUAAAAAUGUGAAAUGUCUCAGGUACGACCAUUACAAGAAGUAGAAGCUCAGCAUGUGGAGGACUGACCACAGCCAUGUGAAACAUAACUCUGUUUCCACAUUACUUUGUUGGCUUACAAACAAGCAACACAACACCAACAGCUUGAUGGUCUUUGUACAGUGAGCUGAAGAGUCUUAAGUAAUUUACAGUUCUAUUGUAUUUCAAGUAAAUUAACUGUUUUGUUUAACGCAUUAAAUUUAAAUUCUAUAUGUGCACAUGCCAUGAAAUUUUUUUUGCAUUGAAUGCGCAAAUUUUGUUUUAGAAUAAAAAUCGAAUGGUUAUUUUUGUGGUAAUAACUGGCUGUGACCAUGUGAAAGAAUACCUGUUCAUCUAUAUCUAUUUCAAUUUUGAAAUUGUGUUCCGGUGAACACAUUUUGGCUUGUUAAUUCUACUGUACACAUUUUUUUUACUAUUUGUUGUCAACCUUAUUAUUUUAUUUUUUUUCAAUUGUAAUGCAAUUACCCAGCUACUUUCAGGCAAUUUGAAUUUCUUUUUCUGUUUUAUACAAUUUAAUGUACAUUCUAAAUAUAAACAUGAAUUAACUUAAAAAUUAUUAUAAUUAAUAAUGGAUAAAAAAAAAGAUUUAGUAGUUGAAGAAUGACCAUUGCUAUUAUGUUUAUAUGAAUACCCAAGAAUAACUGAGUCAGUGCUACUUCAUGAUAUAUCAGAUAUGGUGCAAAACUAUUUCUGGCAUUGCUGUAGUCUCAACGUGUUGAUUUUUAAAACAAAAUGUGUGAUAAGAAUGUGUUCUGCUAUGUAAUUAAACAAAUAUUUCAUGUACUUUGGAGUGUUUUGAAUAAUGAGCAAGAGGAAUGCUGCUAAACGAUGGAUGUUAACAAAACAUAGAUUUACCAUAACUUUAAUAUUAGGCCUUAAAUAUCCACAAAUUAAUUAUUUUAAAUCAUUUAUUUAAGUAUUUUGUAAAGGAAGCUUUUAGCCUGAUAUUUUAGUCAAUUUGAUUUAGUUAAAAGAGUAAAGUUUGGUAAUCUCUUUGAAUAAAAAAAUACUUAUGUUUAAAAUUUGAAUUAGAAGCUAACAAAUCUAAUGAGAAAUAAAACUUAGAUAAUGAAAUUUAAAAUCUUUGAUUGAUUAAAACAAAUAUAAAUUUCUUUUCAGAGUACUUUAUUUCUGGAUUAUAUUUUUUCUAAUUUUUUUAAAGUUAAAAUGCUAACACGGUUACGUAAUAAUAUUUUUAUAAGAUAGCCUACACACAAAAAAACAAGAGAUUAAAAAUCUGGUCAUUUUAAAAUUGAGCUGAAGUCAUAAAAUGUAGGCCUACUUAAAGGUUAGCUCAAAAUGAUUUGAAGCAGUGAAAGUCAUAUUUUGAGUUUGUGUUGACUAAAUCUUCACUGUGAAUGCGUGCUUUAUACUUGUAACAACAGUAUUGAUAAUGUGAUUAAAGCAAAGCUUUCUGUAUGAUUUCUGUACAAAAAUACUCAUCUUUGUAUAUUAUAACCAUUUUUUCUACUUUUUAUAUUAAGAUAUUCCUGCUUUUUUUUUAUACAGUAACAUCCAAUCACUUUUAAUAAACUUUUG